GGAAGGAGGGAGGGGAAAGGCCGUUACGUCGCGGGCAACGGCCACGGUAGUGAAGAGGCAGUAAGCGGUAGUACCGGAGGUUUACGUGUUCGCUGCUGGGUUCGUGCCGAGUAAUAGGAAGAGGGCGAGUUUUGUCAGGCUCUGUCCGUCCUGGUGGAAAAGUGGGGAUGAAGCUGUGAGGGGGCGCGUACCGAAGGAAGUGAAAAAAGAGACCGGCCGCAGGCAGGCAGAGGAGGAGAAGGCGCGGAGCGAUGUCUCAGCCGCCUCAGCAGGAGCAGCAGCCGGUGGCAACGCUGGUUCCGAAGAAGAAGGACCGGCGUAUCUUCUCGGGCACUUGUCCUGACCCCAAGUGUCAGGCGCGCCUAUUUUUCCCGGCGCACGGGCCUCUAAGCAGCGGAAGCAUCGAGUGCACGGACUGCGGGCAGCGUCAUGAACAGCGGCAGCUGCUGGGGGUGGAGGAGGUGACGGAUCCCGAUUUGGUGCUGCACAAUUUACUGCGGAACGCACUGCUAGGAGUGAGUGGGGCAGGGCCCCCCAGGAAGAACACAGAACUGGUGAAAGUCAUGGGCCUGUCAAACUACCACUGCAAGCUGCUGUCACCCAUCCUAGCCCGCUAUGGUAUGGAUAAACAGACGGGCAAAGCUAAGUUGCUAACUGAGAUGAACCAAGGAGAUGUUUUUGACUGUGCUCUUCUUGGGGACCGUGCCUUUCUUAUUGAGCCUGAGCAUGUUGACACUGUAGGAUAUGGCAAAGAUCGCUCUGGCAGUCUCCUGUACUUGCAGGAUACCUUGGAGGAUAUUAAGAAGGCCAAUAAUAGCCAGGAGUGCCUCAUCCCAGUCCAUGUGGAUGGUGAUGGCCAUUGCUUAGUCCAUGCAAUUUCCCGGGCACUGGUGGGUAGGGAGCUCUUUUGGCAUGCUUUGCGGGAGAACCUCAAGAAGCACUUUAUGGAGAAUCUCAGCCGCUAUAAAGCCCUUUUUCAUGACUUUAUUGAUGCCACAGAAUGGGAAGACAUAAUAAAUGAAUGUGACCCCUUAUUUAUUCCCCCUGAGGGUGUGCCAAUGGGCCUUCGAAACAUCCACAUCUUUGGACUGGCUAAUGUUUUACAUCGGCCCAUCAUUCUCUUGGAUUCUUUGAGUGGAAUGCGUAGUUCAGGGGACUAUUCUGCCACGUUCCUUCCUGGAUUGAUACCAGAAGAAAAAUGCAUGGGGAAAGAUGGCAUGUUGAACAAACCAAUUUGUAUUGCUUGGAGUAGUUCUGGGCGUAAUCAUUAUAUUCCUCUGGUUGGAAUAAAAGGUGCUGCUUUGCCUAAAUUGCCUAUGAAAUUACUUCCUAAAGCUUGGGGAGUGCCUCAAGACCUUAUUAAAAAGUAUAUCAAAUUGGAAGACGAUGGUAGUUGUGUGAUUGGAGGAGACAGAAGUUUGCAUGACAAAUACUUGAUGAGGCUAGUUGCAGCCAUGGAGGAAGUUUUUAUGGAUAAGCAUGGCAUUCAUCCCAGUUUAGUAGCUGAUGUACAUCAGUACUUCUAUCGGCGGACUGGUGUGAUAGGAGUUCAGCCAGAAGAUGUCACAGCAGCUGCUAAAAAGGCAGUUAUGGACAACCGACUUCACAAGUGUCUCAUUUGUUGUGCUCUUUCAGAACUUCAUGUUCCUCCAGAGUGGCUAGCUCCAGGAGGGAAGCUGUAUAAUCUUGCAAAAAGUACCCAUGGCCAGUUAAGACCUGAUAAAAAUUACAGCUUUCCCCUGAACAGUUUGGUAUGCUCCUAUAAUCCUGUAAAGGAUGUACUAGUACCAGACUACAGUUUGAGUAGUUUGACUGCCUGUAAUUGGUGUCAUGGCACAUUGGUGCGUCGUGUGAGAAGUGAUGGCUCUGUUGUAUAUUUGGAUGGGGACAGAACAAAUACUAGAUCAACAGGUGGCAAAUGUGGUUGUGGAUUCAAACAUUAUUGGGAAGGUAAAGAAUAUGACAAUCUCCCUGAAGCUUUCCCUAUUACUUUAGAGUGGGGUGGGAGAGUGGUGAGAGAGACAGUAUAUUGGUUCCAGUAUGAAAGUGACCCUUCUCUGAACAGCAAUGUAUAUGAUGUUGCAAUGAAGCUUGUUACUAAGCACUUUCCUGGAGAAUUUGGUAGUGAGAUUCUUGUCCAGAAGGUUGUCAACACAAUUCUGCAUCAAACAGCCAAAAAGAACCCUGAUGAUUACACUCCUGUAAAUAUUGAUAGUGCUCAUGCCCGAAGAGCUGAUGAUAUGCAACAAGGACAAGAUAUGGCAUCUCAGCUUCCAACCAAAAUUAUUCUUACUGGGCAGAAAACAAAAACACUGCACAAAGAAGAGCUGAAUAUGAGUAAAACUGAAAGAACUAUUCAACAAAACAUUGCAGAACAGGCAUCCAUAAUGCAAAAACGAAAAACUGAAAAAUGGAAGCAAGUACAAAAAGGGCCAGCUAGAACUGUGUCUCCUGGUACUGUUCCUGAUGGGUCAUCCUCUGCACCUGCUACUCCCACCAAGACUCCUUAUUCUCCAAUAUCUACGAAAGAAAAGAAAAUUCGCAUAACAACAAAUGAUGGGCGACAGGCCAUGCUCACUUUGAAAUCCACUACGACAUUUCUAGAAUUGCAGGAAAGCAUAGCUAGAGAAUUUAAUAUUCCUCCACAUUUGCAAUGUAUUCGCUUUGGCUUUCCUCCCAAGGAGCUUCUGCCACCCAAAGAAGGGCAAGAAAAUGAACCUGUUCCUCUGCUGCAUGGAGACAGAAUAACUAUAGAGAUUCUUAAAGGGAAGGAAGAUAAUAACCAGGCUAGUUCAGUGCACUCAGCUCAUGCUGUGAAGCAUGAUGAUGUUGCUGUUACUAGCAGAAUUUCUUCCAAGGAACUCCAAGAGCAAAUAGACAAGGAAAUGUACUCUUUGUGUCUUCUUGCAACAUUUAUGGGAGAAGAUGUUUGGUCUUACGCAAAGGGGCUUCCUCAUUUGUUCCAGCAGGGUGGUGUAUUCUACAAUAUAAUGAAGAAAACAAUGGGUCUGGCUGAUGGUGAACACUGUACUUUUCCACACUUGCCUGGCAAGACCUUUGUAUACAAUGCAACUGAAGAUAGAUUGGAACUGUGUGUGGAUGCUGCUGGACAUUUCCCUGUAGGUUCUGAUGUUGAAGACUUGGUUAAAGAGGCACUAAAUCAAGUACGAGCAGAGGCUUCUUCAAGAAGCAGGGAAGCAAGUCCUUCACAUGGACUCCUAAAAUUAGGUAGUGGUGGAGUAGUUAAAAAGAAAUCUGAGCAACUCCACAAUGUAACUGCAUUUCAAGGAAAAGGCCAUUCUUUAGGCACCGGAGCUAGUAGCCAGCAGCUUCAUCCAAAAGUUAGGGAAGCUCCAUUUGGAAGAAAGCAAAAUACAGGUACAGAUUUCAGUACUAAUUCUGCCAAACUGGACCCUUCUAUGUACACAGGUGAUUCUGGAAAUAGUGAACUUAUACGGAUAGCUCCUGGAGUAGGAACAAUGAGAGAUAGUAGACAGCUUGAUCCUAAUUUAAUUGAGGCACAGCGGAAAAAAUUGCAGGAAAUGGUUUCUUCAAUUCAAGCCUCAAUGGACAGACACCUGCGAGAUCAGAAUACAGAGCAAUUGGCAACAAAUGAUUUCUCUCAAAGGAAAUUAGAGGCAACAAGUUCAUCCGUUAAAACAAAGAGCCCUCAGAUGAGUUUAACUGAAUCAUUUACUUUAUCAAGUGGGAGUGGACUUCUGAAUACAGAAACAACUGAUAGUAACAUGUCAAAUGCAGUGGGAGCACCAUUCUCCACAAGAUCAAAAGCCCAAAAAGGAAAUUCUGUUGAAGAGCCUGAAGAAAUGGAUAGCCAAGAUGCAGAAAUCACUAAUACAACUGAGCCAAUGGAUCAUUCAUGAAAAGUUUAACAGCUGAUAUUAAUACAGGAGAUUACUGUGCAAAUGUAGUUUGUUGGCUGGGCCACAUUAAUUUAGUCAUUGAAUCUUGAAUGUUUCAAAGAUUAUAUCUUACUCAUUGCAUGAUAGCAAGUGUGAUAGACAAUAGCUUUUAAUAUGACAUUCUGCUGCCCAGGUUAGCUCUCAGUUACUUGUACAUUAGUUAUUAGAACAUGCACUGAGAAAAAAUAUCUGCUGUAGCUGCGGGUUACCUUUUUUUUUUUUUUGUAAUUUUAAUUCCAUUAAAGUCUUAAUCCUUCAGCCCCUGUGAAAUCAUUAAGUUUUUUUUUUCCAGUUUGACAUGUGAAAAUAAAACCUGACAAUGCACUGUGUUUUGUCAGAUACUGGUCCAUAUAUCAUUAAACAACAUUCCCUUAUACUUGAUAUUUGAAAUCAAAUUUAUAUUUGUUAGAUAACUCAAAAUACUCAAGUACAUUUACUGAUAGUUCUUUAAAAUUGUAAAGAAAGACAUGGAAGAUAGUAUAUAAAAAAACUAAAAUAAAGAUGAUACAAUCUGAGCUAACAUUCCUUGCUUUGUUGGCAAGUGACAGCAUGUUUUAUUUUGAGUUGGUAAAGUGCUACAGUAUGUUUUUACAUGGCAAAGACAAAGUGCAAGCAUUUUAAGAUCAGAAUAAUAAAAAUUUGGUUUGAUUCAGGAAGAUUUUACAAGUAGGUGUUGAUUAUCUGUGCUACCUAUUAAUGCUUCCUAUGUUGGAUUAAUCAAAUUUAACAGAACUUCCAUCAGAGGUUUUUCAGUGAAUUCAUAAAAACUCCUUGUAAAUUCCUUAGACAUAGGACAUACUUAAUGCUUUUACUUUAAUACACCACUUUAAUUAAACUGUAUCCACUUCAAGCAGCAUAUUCACAGAUCUACAAGUGCUAAUUUUUAAGAAACAGACACUGUGUUUGCUCCAGUAAAAGCAUAAUGUUUAUCUUGAUACUAAUGUUGCACUUUUUGCCUCUUCGCAUAUUUCUAUUUAUGUGUGUUAUUACUACUACAUCUGAUAAAAAUAAACUUGAAAGGGUGAAAGACAAUAUAGAAAAAUAUAGGAAAGAAAUCUUAAGUUCAUAGUUAUUGAAUCCAGUGCUUAGGCACAUAUGAGUUUUUUCUGGUCUAUAAAUAAGUUUAUAAUAUAAAUACUUGUACUCUUAAAAUAUGUUUAAACUUUUUGCAGUUACAAUCACACAAAAUUACUAAGGAAUGCUAUGAUUAAAAAUCCCAAAUAAGGGAAAGCUUAUUUUUUUAUGUGGGAAAUUAACUUAGAGGUACAAUUGCCUCAGUUCAUUUGAAUAUCUUAUCCAUUCACACACCCUUUUUCUCUUUUUCCUAGACAGAAUCCAGAUUUUAUCUUCUAUUGCACUACUUAUGUAUAAAGCCUUCAAACCACAUUUUCAUGAAUGAAUAAUUUUAAAUAUAUAAUUUUGUUCUUUUUGCUCUUUACUUUGAUUAAGAAGUAAAAUAUGUCAAUAUGCAGUUUUAAAAUUGAUCCAUGCCAUACAGAAUAAGAUGCCUGCUAAGUACAAAAAACUACUGCAAACUGCUAGCAAACACACAACCAAGUGGCCAUGACACAAAGAAACCAGUUGUGCAUUCAUAUGGGAUUCAUAGGGGUGAGAAGUAUUUCUGACACAGGCUAAGUCCAUAAUGAAUUUCAAAACUAGCUUGUAAUAAAGCAUAAGAUAGCUGAUGUGAUAAACAAGAAAGCAGUGCUUUUUCUGAGCAACAGGACAUCUACACUGGAUAUCUUUAAAAAAAAUCUCCUGGCUUCUGUCAUAUAAUGCUUGGAAUUACGGUGCUAGAGAUGCUGUGAAGAAAAUACUUUUUGGCAAUGUUAGCAUUUCCACAGAGCUUACAUUUCUAGGACUCUGGGUAAAAACAAUGGCAAUUCUGGAUUUAUUUGAAUGUAUAAUGUUGAUAAAAUGGCUUGACAGUUUGGUGUCAGACUUUUUAUGGUAAUGAAGAAAUGGAAUAAUGAUUCUAAAGUAUAAAAAUUAUAUGAUCAGUAUCACUUACUGAAAAUUCAUGUAUAAAUAGGUUGAGUUGUGAAGCUGGAGAGGCACAGGUGGCUUUUUAAUUUUAGUCUGGUUUUUGACUAAGAGUUAAGUAUACUUUCUGUAGGAACUUUUCUUUGAGGAAUGCUCUUAUUAAUAUUUUUUUUUCUAGGCAGAGAAUACAUUCAUGUUUGUAUCUUUUCCUUUGCGACAUGUUAACAAAUUUUUAAAACACCCAGUUUUUAAAAUUAAAAUGUUAAAGAUUUAGGAGCUAUAUGAAUUUUUCUGCUGUAUCUGUAAAUGCUUGGUAAACAUUACAUUUGAAUAUUUCAUAUUACAACUGUGCACACAGGUGUAGGCUGAUCCCUAUCAAAGUUAAUGAGACUGAAGUGCACAAAUAUAUGCUCAAGACCAUUGACUGUAACGGCAUCUUGUUGCAGCUAAUUUGCUGAAUUUCAUUCAGUAAGCUUAAGCCCAUAUAACUUGCUGUAGUAUUGCCUGUUUCAUGAUUUAAUCAAAUACAAAGAUAAUUAAUGGAGAAAAAUGUUGGAUCUGGCAAAAGAAAUAGUAAUGAUGUCUAAACUGAAUUUCCUUAAGAAAUAAGUAGCAUAGUUAUAUCUGUAUUACAGUUUUCUUGAAGGGAAGGGUACCAGUUUGUUAGCUGGAAGAUCAUGAUUUUAUCAAGUCAGACUGCUGUUCCUUUCAGGUUAAACAAAUUUGUUAUUGAAUAGCAAAGCAAUUUUCUCUGUAUAUAAUAAUAUAAAUAUUAGUACAAUAGAAGCUUGGCAGUAUUCGGUGUACUGGUUUACUAAGGAGAAAAUAGCCUCUGUGUUAUCAGAGGAAAAAAUGCAAAUAAAAAUAAAAUGCAUUUUAGAAAUUGCUGGUAUUAAGGCAUUUUGCAGGUUUUAAUUUAGAUGUAAAAGUAUUUUAUGAUACAUUAUAUGCCCUUACUACAUUUCUGUAUUUCUUGGAAACUUAAAAGUAGACCUUGUUGCAAUUUAAAAAACAAACAAACAAACAUCCUGUGUGCUGGACAAUGUCUGUCUUCUUUAACUGUUGAAUGUUUGUACCUUAUUAUUUACAAGACAAAAAUAAUAAAGUAACAAAUAUUCUGAUUUAAAAAAGAAUAAUACAAAUAUUCCUUAUGUUCUAUCUUUCUUCUGCAACUUUAAACAUUCUAGUCAGUUGGUUUGAAAUUAACAGUAUGUUAUAGGAAACAGGAUAUAGGAUUUCCUGAGUUAUGCUUUCUAUUCACUGCUUUAGUAAAGAACACAGAAGAGCAUUGCUAUACCUUUAUUCUAAUAAUGCUAUAUGGAAAAUGUAGCUUUUUGAAGAUCAAAGUGGCUGUUUUUUCAUCAGAAAAUAAUUUAAUUAUGACACAGUAGUCUAGCAAAGAGUUUGAUUAUUGUUUCACCAUCACAUCCAGCCCAGCAUACAAGUAUGCUUAAGCUCUCAAUCUAUACUGGUUUUUCUUUUAGAUAAUUUUGAUAUGCUGGCUGUUAGGACUUCAUCAGUAGCCUGGUAGGGGGAUUUAUGUAUUCAAAAAUGGAUUUUUCCAAUAAUUUUUAUUAAUAUCUCAGUCAUUUAAAUUUUAAGGUGCUGCAUUUAAAAUUCUUUUAUUCAGAAUCCGUGCUUUGCCCCUGUGAUUGUAGCAAAAGAUUGAAUGGUAACUGAUAUUUUUAGAUUUUAUUUUAUUGAGGAUUAUUGCCAGAAAAAGAGUGCACUUUUGGAAGUAAUUGGAUUUCUAAAAAUGUAUAGUAAGCAUUAGUGCUGUAUAUAUUUAGGAUAUCUUUUAAAAUGGCAAGUGCUUUACAUAUUGAAUUAAAUUAGAGUAGUAAUGAUACCAUGUUCACAAUGCUGGCCAUUCAGCACAUUUGAAUUUUAUUUGUGAUUGCUGUACUAAUUUGUUUUUUUUUAAUUUGUAAUGUAAUAAUAGUGUAUUAUAAUAGUGUAUUAUAUUACAUUUUACUGUACAGUAUUUUGAAUUUUCUUUGAUUGCAAUAUUAAAAAUCUA